AUGUCAAUCUCGACUCCGGUAACCCAACUGCUGGGAAUCCAGCAUCCCAUCUUGUUGGCGGGAAUGGGACAAACGUCGGGCGCACCACUUGCAGCGGCGGUGUCUAACGCAGGUGGACUAGGUGUAAUCGGCGGUGUAGGAUACACACCUCAACAGCUCAAGGAGAUGAUUGAUGAGCUCAAGGCCGGUCUAAAAGACCCAUCUCUCCCGUUCGGCGUCGAUCUGUUGAUCCCCAAGGUUGGAGGAUCCGCACGCAAGACGAACGUCGACUACACCAAAGGCAAUCUCGACACGCUAGUCGAUAUCAUCAUCGCGGGCGGCGCGAAACUGUUCGUGUCGGCUGUGGGCGUUGCGCCAAAACACGUCGUCGAGAAGCUCCACGCGCACGGCAUCUUGUACAUGAACAUGAUCGGGCAUCCGAAGCACGUCGCGAAGGCGUGCGCCGUGGGAGCGGACAUCAUAUGUGCUCAGGGUGCCGAGGCGGGUGGACACACGGGUGAGACGCCCACGAGCGUCUUGAUCCCCGCUUGUGCAGACCUAGUCAAGAACUACAAAUCUCCCUUGACGGGACAGCCUGUCCAACUCGUCGCGGCAGGCGGUAUAGCAGACGGCCGUGGCCUUGCAGCUGCGCUCAUGCUAGGAGCUUCGGCGGUCUGGGUCGGCACGCGAUUCGUCACGGCAAAGGAAUCAGGUGCUCCCGAAGUCGCGAAGAGGGCCAUCAUCGACGCCGGGUUCGACUCGACUGUCAAAUUGACGAUUUGGACCGGACGGCCCUUACGAGCGUUCGCGACGCCGUAUGUCCGCGACUGGGAAACCAACCGAUCCGAGGAAAUCAAAAGGCUACUGGCGCAGGGGAUCGUUCCACUCGAGCAUGAGUUCGACAAGUUGGAGAAACAGGGCGGUGUCCCCGAGGACAUUGAAGAUCAGGCGACGUUGAGGCCCAUGGGCGUCGUCGCGGGACUGGUGAACACGCCAAACCAGAGUGCCGCCGAGAUUGUCAACGAAAUCAUGGAUCAAGCUGUACACGCGCUGGGCGGCGUGUCGAGUUUGUUGAAGAAGCAGCCGUCGCAGUCCAAGCUCUGA